UCUCAGUCAAGGUCUUGAAAUUCUUGCUUGAUUUGGUACCUACGUUAGCUGAGGUGGUGCAGGUCCCUGUUACCAUGAAGCAGCAGCCCCCGGAACCUCUACAAUUGAUUCCUAGGUAACAACGACAUUGAGGGCCAGGAAAGAGCUAUCUAUUCUCUUGAGUAAUAACAAAUUGGGCUUUUCUUUCUGCAUGGAAAUGGGAUAGAGCUUCACUAACCUUCAAACCCCUCCCGCAACAUGGGGAUUCCUCGUCUCAUAUCUACCCUAGAGCCCUACGUUGUUCAUGGCCGCCUUAACGAUGAACACGUAGUCAUCGAUGGGCCAGCAUUAGCUUAUCAUAUUCUGUACAUCUGCAACAGACAUGGUGUUCCUCAGCCGUCAUACAAACUUCUCGGCGAGACCGCUGUAGCAUGGUUGGAUGAACUCACUCGGCGUGGUGUAGAUGUCGACGCCAUAUAUUUUGACGGAUACCUCCCCAAAAGAAAAGAACCCGUUCGCAUGGAGCGCAUGAUCAAAAGUCUCAAUCAAUUGAAGGCCUCACAUUCAUCUGAAACCAAUGGUUUCUUCCCGUCGUACUUCUCGGCCGCCAAUGAUGAUGCUCCAGUCCUCUUCUCUGCAGUUAAGCCGCCAGGAAAAUCGGCAUUGCCACCCAGUUUUCAUGUUCCUGCUAUCAUUGAUGCCUUGAGGUCUUCUCCGCGUUACACCAAGAUAGUAAUUCUUGUUCCGGGUGAGGCAGAUGCAUACUGCGCACAGCAUCUGUCGCAAUCGGGCGGGACGGUUCUCACCUCCGACUCGGAUCUUUUAGUCCAUGAUCUUGGCAAGGGAAGUGUCGUCUUUCUUCGCGACAUUUAUCUUGAUGAUCAGUCCAAUCUCGCAUGCGCAAGCUUUAGUCCUUCCCACAUCUGUGAGAAACUGAAGCUUGCGUCUUCUGCUGAGAUGUGCCGAUUUGCUUACGAACGAAAACGGUCUGCCCAUUCGACACUUCCACAACUCUUGCAGGAGUGCGCACAACCAAUCACCGACCAAACGGGUUACACUGAGUUCUGUCACGAGUAUCUGGACCAUGCAGUUGCACCAAUUCCCACCUCAACAUCCGGAAAAGUAAUAGAAAUCGGCUCACUAGACCCCAGAAUAUCGGAGAUGAUACUGCAACUGGGACCCCUGAGUGGCCACAUGCCCACUACGAGCGACCCCAAGAUGUUUCUUCCCAUUCUGCUAGAGAGUCCCUCGCGGGGAAGUGCCUGGGAACAAAGCACGCCGAUUCGGCAGUUGGCUUACACAGUAGCUAGAUGGAUCAUUCCCGGUGUUUUAACAACUGUUCAGGAGUACCGGAGAGUCAACACUCUGGCGCAAAAAGGGCGACAGGUCCCUUUGCUGUCCCACAAAGAAGCGAAAGCUUGGUCUCAAGAGUUGGCCAGACUAAUGACCAUGAUCAGAGGAGGAUCACAAGUCGACAUCACUCAGGCUUGGUACAUCCUGUGCCUGACUCUUGAUAUACGAUAUAGUCAUGAAGUUGGCAAGCGUUCACAUUCACUGCAGAUCUUGGAGGAGAGUUUACAAGCCCCAAAUCUAAGGAAAAUUACUUGGGAUACUCUUCACUUUGUUGCUCAUCUUCAAGCCGCUUUUUACUCGUUUCGACUCUUGAAGCAAGUCAUCUCACUUGGACAGCUUCAAAGAAUCCUACCAGAACUAAACGACAUACUGUUGUCAUUACCACACCUGGCGGAGUUUCCUGAUGUGGAGAGAACUCUUGUGUUUCUGCAGAGAAGCAAUGAGGGCCGGAUUUACAAGACAAUUUCUGGGCUUGUGCCAUUACCAAAUGCAAGUAUCGACCCAGUGCCAAAAAGAAGUGCCAAAGACAAGAAAAAACGGAGGGUGGGUAAAGAUGAUGCCCCCAAAAGGCAGAACAACUCUGUCAAGUCUUCGUCUAGAAACUUCUUUGACGUGCUGUCUCAAUGAAGUUGAGCAUCACAAAUCACAAUGCAUGCUGAUACCAAGAUCAAAACAAGCUCAUUCCUCUUAUUUAAUUUGUUACAUGGUGAUUAUCGAACCGACGAUAAGUUCCACCAAGCCUAGCCAUUAUCAAAGACUCAAAGAUUGAGCCACACGAUUACGUCUCGUUGCGCCAGCACCGAUCCUAACCCUGACACGUCCGUAACUUCGUACAUCGUCUCGACAUCAUUAUUAUACAAUCAACUGUUCCGGGAUCGACCCGCUCCAUGAAUCUCAUCCAGAAGGCGAGAUAAAGGACUGCCUUCUUCCUCUACAUCAGUCACAUCCCGGAGUAAGCUUUCCUGAGGGCUACCAUUGCCAGCCGACUUGAUAAUCUUCCACGCCCGACGGAACUCAUCGCGGAUUGACACAAUGCCGUUAUGCGUGACAGUUCGAGCAACGUUGUGAUCCAGCUCGAAGGGGUCCUCGAUAGCAAAGAGAUAGCGGUGACGGACUUCCUUGAAUUCUCCAUUCCUACCUGUGACGCUGCCUUGCGUGCCUUGCUUGGACUGUGCUCCUGUAUCCUUGACAUCAUUCUCUUUAGGAUGUACUGCCGUAGAAGACGCUUGGUCGGGCUGAGGCGGCGGAUGAGGCCCGACAUUUUGAGCCUCGAUGACUGUUUUGGCGCCAGUCCAACCCUUGUCUUGCUUUGUCUGCAAACCACCUGGCGUCCGCAAACUGAGCACAUCUCUUCCCCAGUCAAAUCCUCUGCCCGUGGAAGUGCUGAGUAUACUGCUAUGGGCAUAAUACUCGAAGAAGCCACGCAGGAGGUGGCCAAUGGUAUCUUUGUUACCAUUUAGCUGGUUUGCACGUGCCAGCUCCAGGAUUUCUUCUUCGUUACGCCAAAACUGAACGUUAUGGCCACGGCACAUAACCAUAUUCUCGAAUUCGACAGGCGAGAGCCCCGGGGGUGGAGGAGGAGCGAGCUGCUGGAGGUUUGGACUGACAAAGGGCUCAGCGACGUUGACUAGAUAGUGAAGGACCAUUAGAACGUAGCCAUAGCUGCUAAGGGUCCCACGAUAUCCCGAGUUGAUCCCACGGGUUUUCGCCCAAUGCUUGACGAAUAAGACCAUGGGUCGGACGCGCGGGUCGGUGUGAGAGUAACAUCGUAGGAGGGCUGUAUUAUGAAGAGCCAAAUGGGCAGAGAAGUUGAUGUCACAUUGCACACCUGCGCCUGUCUUGGGAAACUCUAAAUGGUCUCUGUAUCGAUCACGUGGCUGGUUCGGAGCCAUCUUGUGAGGGUCUGGAAGGUGUCUGAUCCUCGCCACAAGGUCUACCGUUGUUGGUGUGAGGGGAAUGAAAAAAUCGUCGCCAAGCCUCAGGGGGUCAUUUUGUUGUAAGGGUGACCGCAGUAGGGCGAUAUAGUCUUUAACAUCCUGCACGACAGACCCAUCGUACGAAUCCUUAUCUAACGCUCGUUCGAAUUCCCAUGCUAAAUCAUACUCGUCCACUUUGCGAUGGCUUGUUCAUUAGCUGGCUUCA